AGAACGAAAGAUACAUUUUCCCCCCUCUCUCUCUCUUGUCUUUCAACCAUGUUAGACACCCUCACGUUCCUCCUGGAGAGGUUGUUCUUGCUCGCCCACUUCAAGGUGUUCAGUCUCCUGUCCCCGGCCGGGAGAGAGAGGGAUGACAAGCCGGCGGCUAGGCGCAUGGAGCGGGACGGGCUCCCCGCGACGCAGCGCUUCCAGCGAGGGGACCUGCUGGAGGUCCCCCGGACUCUCUUCACCCAUUUCGGCAUCUACCUCGGCGACAACCGGGUGGCGCACCUCAUCCCGGACAUCCUGCCGGCGGUGACGAGUGACCACCGUCAGAUCCAGGAGAUGGUGACCAAUACUCGCCUGCUGCUCGGCGUGCUCUCCAAGUGCGCCAGCGUCCGCGUAGACACGCUGGAGGACUUCGCGUACGGCGCCGUCGUCCUUCUGAACCGCAUGGACGGCGACGUGCGGAGGCGCCCGCUGGCCAACGAGGAGGUGGGCCGGGCGGAGAAGCUGCUCGGGGCGAUACCGUACAGCCUGCUGUGGAACAACUGUGAGCACUUCGUCACCUACUGCCGCUACGGCACGGCGGUCAGCCUGCAGACGGAGAAGUUCUGUGAGUGGCUGAAGUCGCUGAUUCGGGACCGGCGCAACGUUUUCCUGACGGCGUCCUUGGGAGUCCUGUCCAUGGUGUGUUUGGGGAUAUCCUCCGGCACCGCCCUGCCCACGCUCCUCGUCCCCUUCACCCUGUGGAUGGCCAGCUAGAUUAGCCCGGAUACGACAGUGUUAAAAGACUGUGGAGCCGCCGCCUCCACGCCGUCCCUGAUAGCACAAAAACGAGGAAAACGGCUAACCUUCAGCGCAGCCGGGGGUCUAAAUUAUUCUUUCAAAAUGCCAAAAAAAAAGAUGUUUGUAUAAAACCCGGAGUCACGUGAACCACAUAGCGCUGUCACCAGGAAGGACGAGCUUGGUUACUUUCUUAACUAUGUUUUCACGCCGAUGUGGUGGCGUGUGGAGAAGGGUCUGUCUGCGGACUGCACGUCAUGGACGAAACAUGAACUGGGCGACAUUUUGUUUUGUACUGGGGAGUAUUUCUUGAACCGGCAAGUGGGCGUUUCCUGUACUGAUGUGGGCGUGUGUUGUGCCGUGGGGGCGUGGCUUGUGCAUCCCGCCCCUGUCUUGCAGUCCACAGACAGAUACCGUUGGGCGUGUCCGUGUCGCCGCUUGGUGAAACGUUUCCGUGCCAGGUUUCUAUCGGGGGAGGGUAAACGCUGUGCAGUCCCAAAACCACAGAAUUAAAGUUAACAGACCAGGCAUUUUCUUUUCGAAAACACAGCCUUGAACGCCAUUUGUGCGGCACAUUUGAUUAAAACCCUCCUUGAAAUUUUGAUGUUUCUGGUCAUGGAAAUAAACUGUGCUGAAGGGUAGAGCGCCCAGAGAAUGUGCCGUUUUAACCGUGGCCUGGGGGCAUUAUCCGGUUUGAAAAUCCCAAAACUGACGUAACUAUUAUACCGACCAGACGUUUAAACAGCGUAUCACUUCCAGAACAAAUAUUCUCUCUACCUUUAAUUCAAUCCGAAGACCGCAUCUUUCGACCCAAUACAACCUCCCUGUCUUGGCGCCGUCCUGCUCUGUAGUUUCGUGGCGGCCAUCUUAGCCGGUACCAGUAGAGACCGACUAGACGCGCUAAAAGGGAUUUUUUUAAAAAACACAUUUUCAGGGCAAGUUUAUUCGUAUAGCCCAAAGUCACAAGGUAGUCCCGAAAGGCUUUACAACCAGUACAACAUACGACAAUAUACAGCAUACGAGUACGACACCCUCUGUCCUUGGGCCCUAAACCUGAAUAAGGAAAAACUCCACAAGAAAAUCCUUCUCAGGUUUUUUUGUUUCCUUAUUUUCCUUCUCGUUGCAAAACAGAAUGUAAAACAUUUACACUGACUCUCUACUAGAAAGACAACUACUAGCUAAAAGGUCCUAUGAGCUUGUAAAAUGUCAUCCAUCCUGUAUCAUUAUGCCACUUUAGACGGGCUAAGUGGUUUUUAUGUUUUUUUUUUCUUUUCUGUAAAUAGGUGUAAAUAUACCACUCGACUUGACUGUUGUCUAAUAGUCAAAAGCUUUUCUAAAGAAUUUAUAUUUUUGACACCAUAACUCUUUAUACUGCCAUUUUUAUGUGAA